AUGGAAUCUAAGAAAACAGCUUCAUUAACCCUUCUUCUGGUACUCAACCUUCUCUUCUUUGCUGUGGUCAGUGCCACUGGCGUUACUCCUAUACCAGAGUCCACAGCUUCGACUUAUUAUCCGAUAAGUAAAUGCGAUCCAUUGAAGUUAGGAGUAUGUGCCAAUGUGCUUAACUUGGUUGAUGUUGUUGUCGGAUCCCCUCCAACAUUGCCAUGCUGCAGUCUCAUUGAAGGCCUUGUUGAUCUUGAGGCUGCUCUGUGUCUAUGUACUGCCAUUAAAGCCAACAUUCUCGGAAUCAAAUUGAAUGUUCCUAUUGCACUCAGCUUGGUUCUUAAUAACUGCGGCAAGGAACUCCCAUCUGGUUUUGAGUGUUACUAGAAUAUCAUCUUCAUGGGGGUCGUUCAUCGACAUCUGCAAAUUUAAUUUUAUUUAUUAAAUUCUUAUCUUAUCUGUUUAUGAUUUCUUCAAUUUGUCGAAGAAAUGUAUUGUUUGUUUCCUUUUGAUGGUAUUUCAUCAGCUUCCUUUGUUGUCUCGGCGCUUGCAAGGUACCCUUUUGGGUCAAGUUUUCU